AUGAAAUUUCAGUACAAAGAGGAUCACCCCUACGAGUACAGGAAGAAGGAGGGCGAGAAGAUCAGGAAAAAAUACCCAGACAGGGUGCCAGUAAUUGUUGAAAAGGCUCCUAAAGCUCGUGUCCCUGACUUGGACAAGAGGAAAUAUCUUGUACCAUCAGACCUCACUGUUGGACAGUUUUACUUCCUAAUCAGGAAGCGGAUACACCUUCGACCAGAAGACGCACUGUUCUUCUUUGUCAACAACACCAUUCCCCCAACCAGUGCCACCAUGGGACAGCUGUACGAGGUAAGGGGGUAUUGGGUUAAAGUUGCAUGA